AGGGUGGGGGGCGGGGGUAGGGGGAGCCAAUCCCGGCAGCGCCAAAGGGGGGAGGCGGCAGUGACAGCCGCGGGGAGGGGGCGGGAAGAGAGGCGGUUGGGCUCUAGCUCCAGCUCUGCGCCCAGCUCUGCCUCGGGCUCUGUGCUCACUUGCUGCUGGAGCCUCCUGCUCCGGCCCUGGGACCAGCAGGUGGACCCGAGGACAGGGGUCUGUCUCUAGAGCCCCAGACCCUACUCGCUCGACCCCUAGCCCCUGCAGCGCACUAGGCCGCCAGGGGGCGCCGUGUGAGCGCCCUAUCCAGGCCACCCGGCGCCCCCUCCCACGGCCCAGGCGGGAGCGGGGCGCCGGGGGCCAUGCGGGGCCAGGGCCGCAAGGAGAGUUUGUCCGAUUCCCGAGAUCUGGAUGGCUCCUACGACCAGCUUACCGGCCACCCUCCAGGGCCCACUAAAAAAGCGCUGAAGCAGCGUUUCCUCAAGCUGCUGCCCUGCUGCGGGCCCCAAGCCCUGCCCUCAGUCAGUGAAAUGGGCCGGGUCCUCCGCCUUCUCAGUGACAGUUCGCUCCCUCCAGCGUUAGCCGCCCCAGCCUCCCUCCGCCCCCACAGACCCCGCCCGCUGGAUCCAGACAGCGUGGAGGACGAAUUUGAACUCUCCACCGUGUGUCACCGUCCAGAGGGUCUGGAGCAGCUGCAGGAGCAAACCAAGUUCACACGCAAGGAGUUGCAGGUCCUGUACCGGGGCUUCAAGAAUGAAUGCCCCAGUGGAAUUGUGAAUGAGGAGAACUUCAAGCAGAUUUACUCUCAGUUCUUUCCUCAAGGAGACUCCAGCACCUAUGCUACUUUUCUCUUCAAUGCCUUUGACACCAACCAUGAUGGCUCCGUCAGUUUUGAGGACUUUGUGGCUGGUUUGUCAGUGAUUCUUCGUGGAACCAUAGAUGACAGGCUGAAUUGGGCCUUCAACUUAUAUGACCUCAACAAGGAUGGCUGUAUCACUAAGGAGGAAAUGCUGGACAUCAUGAAGUCCAUCUACGAUAUGAUGGGCAAGUACACAUACCCUGCACUCCGGGAGGAGGCCCCAAGGGAACAUGUGGAGACCUUCUUCCAGAAGAUGGACAGAAAUAAAGAUGGUGUGGUGACGAUCGAGGAAUUCAUUGAGUCUUGCCAAAAGGACGAGAACAUCAUGAGGUCUAUGCAGCUCUUUGACAAUGUCAUCUAGCUCCCCAGAGAAGGGGAGACAAUGUGUCCUGGGGGGAACCAUGCUCUAGUCCUAGUCCAAGUGGACCGCACCUUUUCAUCCUGGAUCUGUCCUCAUCCUAGCUGUACCCUGGGGCCUGUAGGGAUCCAAGAGCCUGGAGCUUCUGUAGUACAGAUCCCUGGAGCUAAAGGGGCCAGAUAGUGAGCAAAGUGCAUUUGGGGGGUCUUCCCAUCUCCCAGCAGCUUUCACUUCCUUCCUGCCUGAGACCCAGUGCUGAGGGCGCCCCUGCCGUGGGCACACCAUCCACCCUAACUCUAGAAACAACACUAGACAGAAUGUUCUCCUGCUAUGGUGCUUCUCCCAUCCCUGAUCUCACAAACAUCCCCUAAUACUCCCUUCUCAGAGAGGAUGCUCUGUCCUUGGCACUAGCUGAAAUUACAGACCAGUCUUUGGGAGGGAGACAAGAAUGCAGAAGAAAUCUUAGGCCCAAGUCAGUGGUUAGAUCUUAGGAGCUGGUUGGGGUAGAGAACCGAAAGUAUCAGCAGAUCAUGAUCUCUCAGGUUCCACACAUCUGCUACCCCAGGCCAUCAGCAUAUGAGUUCCUAGUGUUUACAGAAGGCCUUAGAAACAUCCCAGAAAUUUACAAUAACCACCUUUCUCAGUGUCCUAGGAGAGCCCAGGAUCCAGAUAUCUGGCUCAUUCCUGGAAUUCCUACCUCUCUCUCCUUUUGUUUGUAUGAUGGUGGUUGGCAGGAGAAGAUGGGUAGGAGACAUCCUGGCUGAUGCCCACAAUUUCAGCCUAUCUGUCCUGCCCAUUCACCUAUUUUGAUGGCUACAACUUUGAGUUGUCAUUUGCCAUGUCCUCUGGAUCUGGAGGCAUGGAGUGAGCCAGGAUUAUUCUGAACUUGGGUCCUACCACUCUUCUCAGUGGAUGCCUUAGGGGGAGAGGGAAAAAGGCAGGCAGGCAUAGUACCUGAACCCAGUGUGGGGGCAUUCAUUAGAAUCUUUGAUCAACCCAGGCUCUACCCCACAUAGCCUCCUUUUCCUCUACUCAGUAUACCCAGAGAUGUUCCUUAACAUACCAAGAGGGCAGGGACCAUAGGACCCAGGUCCCACCUGAUUGUCAGCACCCCUGCCAUGCUGCUACACCCUUUAUAUACUUGCUUGUCCUAUUUAGCUCAGACUCCCAGUUAACUAGAAUCUGAGGGGAAAGGUCCCAGAAGCCUCCUACCCAC